AUCAAAGCGGAAAAGAAAAGUUCGCGCCAAAUCACGUGACAAGAUACGCGGGAGAUUGAACUUCAGAGAAGAAAGACGGACAUUGUUUACUCGCUGCACAGGAAUCAAGAGAGAUCUGUAAAGAUGUACGUCCUGAAAAGAGAUGGGAGACAGGAGAAGGUCAUGUUUGACAAGAUCACCUCCAGGAUACAGAAGUUGUGUUAUGGCCUCCAUCCAGACUUUGUGGACCCUGCGGUGAUCACACUGAAGGUGAUCAAUGGUCUGUAUCCCGGGGUCACCACCGUGGAACUGGACAAUCUCGCCGCUGAGACAGCCGCCACGAUGACCACCAAACAUCCAGAUUAUGCAAUCCUCGCCGCCAGAAUCGCGGUGUCCAACCUCCACAAAGAAACGAAGAAAGUCUUCAGUGAUGUCAUGGAUGAUCUGUACAAGUGGAUCAACCCUAAAACAAACCAACAUUCUCCAAUGAUAUCCGAGGCCAUCCACAAAAUCAUUAUGGACAAUGCUGACCGUUUGAACUCAGCAUUGAUCUACGAUCGGGACUUCAACUACCAGUACUUCGGAUUUAAAACUUUAGAGAGAUCAUAUCUGCUUAGGAUAAAUGGGAAAGUGGCAGAAAGACCCCAGCAUAUGUUGAUGAGGGUUGCCGUGGGAAUUCACCAUGAGGAUAUAGAUAGUGCUAUUGAGAGGACAAUUACCAACAGAUUCAUUCAAUGCAAACCAACAGAUACUGUAGGGGAUAUUGUGGCACAAUGCGCUGGGUCCUCAGAAUCGGAGGUCGAGGUGGUAGCGUUUUAUGGGAGUCCGAAUUGCCUCCAAGUACCCCAGCAGUUGACAUCUAUAUUCAAGUUGAUGGUGCUUGAUAGUGCUAUGCCAGCUGAAGUUAUUUAUGACAUGAACUUUCGUUAUGUGUAUGUUCAU